UUUUUUCCAUCUGUAAAACAACUCUUUUCCAAAUCAUCUCAAUUAUUCAGCUGGGUAAUCCCACAAAAUACCCUCCUGAUAUCCGUUGCUUCGAAUCCCCAAGCGUCGACGUGAAUACCGCUGCCAAAAUGACGACAGUAUCAUUAAGCCGCCACGACAUCAACGUGCUCGAGAAGAUCAAAGACCCCGAGUCCAAUCCGGCUGCGGGCGUCGUCAUCGACUCUGCGCUGCCUCGCGACCCCCAUAUCGUCGACCACAGCGUCUAUGAGAGAGUGAUGGAGAGGGAACGCACCAUCAUCCGCACUCUUCAAGCUAUCGAGACGCAGCUCAUUAGCUUCCAGAGCGAAGAGGACACAGACAAGACCAUCGAGAGCUACAAGACCUGCGUGUCAGAUUUUGGCAAUCUCAUCUCAGAUUAUCCUCUAUACGCUAGCGCAAGAAACAACCGCGCGCAAAUCAUGCGUAGGCUGUAUGGAGACGCCAUGCUGCUGAACUAUACAUCGACCAUGCCAAUGCCGUUGAUUCCUCAGCCAGAACAAGCUGAGAAGAAAAAGGCAGCCAUGGAAACAUUGGAGGAUAUGGAUACUGCAGUCCGGCUGCUCACGCCACCAUUGCCAUCAACCCCCAUGUCUGCGCAGGCAGCCCGGACGUUGUCCAUGGCACACACGCAACGAGCAGCCAUCUACCUGAGAACGGCCAAGCUCUUUUCAGACCGCCAACUGGAUAUCGACGACAGCCGCCCAGAAGCCUCCUGGUCCCGCGUGGACUUUGAGGAAGCUGCCUCAAGAGAUUUAGCACUCGGUGGCAGAUAUGGAAACCAGAUUGCAAAAGCUCUGGCCGUCAGUGUCAACCCAACCGCCAAGCUCUGCGGGCAAAUAGUUCGAGAAGCGAUGCAGAAGGAGUAUGGUUCUGCAUUUGAGAUGUAAAUUUGUUUUCUUUUUUUUAUAACCCCUAACGAGCCUGGUACAUGCGAUUUUCCUUUUUUUUUUUUUUUUUUUUUUUUUGUAUAUUCCAGAAGAAGGCGAGUAGUUAUGAGUUGAGAGUCAUUGCAUGACAGUGGUGACCCAUAUUUUGGCGUUGGUGUAUUUAAAGAGCAUAGGAUAGUGGCGUUCCCAGAUCAAGGCUUUGAGACUCAAGAAAUCAAAAGUUAUUUCUUAGAAAGCCCGACGCGUCUAAGGAAAUAUGAUUUAGCAAGACAUACAGUGUUUCGAUUUGCGAUUUCAAUUCUCAUACCGUAGUCCAGCUUCUAUUGUCUCAUUCGUCGUCUUUCCCUUGGCCUUUUCCUCACGGUUUAUCCUCGUCGCAGCUGCCGACAAUCCAAUAAAGACCGCAAAGAUAGGGUCAGCGACCCGAGAAAUAAUGUAUGUCGGCGCAGGCAUUAUCGCAAUGUCGACUUGAAUCUCUACCUUUGCUUUAUUUAAGCUGCUGGUGAGAACUACUCAUUAUAUCGCUCUCACCACUAAGAACGGGUUGAUUCAGCAAAAAGAGAGGCGCGCACGUGCCCCACUCUCGAUAAGCAAGCGCAAUCUCCACGUGACAUGGCACCUGCGAGUCGCUUGCCCCAAAUCGACAGCCCACAAACCCCAAAUUUUGCACCAAAUUCCCGAUCACGGUUAUUGACGACGAAAUCCCUUACCCUUCCCAGCACAUAUCCGACCACCCACAGGCAGGACAAAAUGAAGUUCCUCAAGGUCGGCCGAGUCGCCAUCAUCACCCGAGGCCGAUAUGCCGGCAAGAAGGUCGUCAUCAUCCAGCCCAUCGACAACGGCAACAAGCCUCACCCCUUCGGCCACGCCAUCGUUGCCGGCAUCGAGCGCUACCCCUCAAAGAUCACCCGUCGCAUGUCCAAGACCCGACAGGAGAAGCGCAGCAAGGUCAAGCCCUUCAUCAAGGUCAUCAACUACAACCACCUGAUGCCCACCCGAUACACCCUUGAGCUCGAGGGCAUCAAGGGCACCAUCUCCGCAGACACCUUCAAGGAGGUCAGCCAGCGAGAGGACGCCAAGAAGACUGUCAAGAAGGUUCUGGAGGAGCGAUACACCAGCGGCAAGAACCGAUGGUUCUUCACCCCUCUGAGAUUCUAAAUUAAAAAUCGUUUUCUCCAUCACGGUUUGGGAGUUGGCGGGAUGUAAAGAGCAUCGAUUGGUACUUUUAAGGAACCACGGUUUAUGGGGUCAAAUAUGAUGUUCAUUAUCAAAAUUAUUCACAUGUUUUUUCUUUAAUACGUGAAUGUUUCUCGUUGCCAGUGACGUGGGACUCGAAAAAAAAGCGAUAUUUUGAUCUGAAAAAAAAAGGGAAACACGGAUUACACCAAUCUCUCUCAGUGUCCCUGACCCGGCGCUGGUUCGUGGAAUGGCAACGAAGGAAAGGGGGAAGAUAACAAAAACCGAAGCCUUGAGAUAGACCGUUUGGCUAUUUUUGUAGCUACACCAAUUGAUUUUUCUGCACCUCAUUGUUACUAUUUAAUUGUGUCAUGGAGAAGGAGAAUGAAAAAAAAAAAAUUACAAUCG